GCCAAAACGCGCCAUUGUUUUUCUUCUUGUUAUUUAGACACAUGCUACACCUCAAUACUUUUCGUUCAUUUUUGUUACGUCGCAAUGCCGGAGCCAUGCGCAAGGCGCAGUUUCAUUCGGGCAUGCAUCCGGAUGACGAACGAUUGUUUAAAUAUUUAUGCACCAAAUAUGACGAAAAGAAAGCACAGCACAUGACGAGAGCCCAACGCGAUCAAGCUUCUAUUCUCUCAAUGGACGAUCGCAAGCCGGAAUUUCCUAAACUGAGCUUGCAUCACGAGCUCAAAGAACCCGACGCCAUUUUUGGCCUAGGCAUUACAUCGCCCGAUGAAGUUUUUAUCAAUAAUGAACUGCACCUCAGCAACGUUGAAGUAUACGGUUUCGAUUAUGAUUAUACUUUAGCAAACUACACCGAUAAACUAUCCCAUACCAUCUAUGAUAUUCUGAAAGAUAUCAUGGUGGAUAUGCUCCGUUACCCGAAAGAAAUCAAGGAGUUCCAGUUCGAUCCUUCAUUUGCUAUUCGAGGACUUCAUUAUGACUACAACAAAGGAUGGCUAAUGAAGAUUGAUAAUAUGGCCAACGUGCAACUGAAUACUGUUCAUGUGGGUCGGGAGCCGAUUAGCAAAAUGGAGGAAGUGUUUGAACUUCAUAACGGCUUACAUAUUUCACCUGAUUAUUUGAACAACAACAUGUUUCAGCUCAAUGACUUAUUUUCCAUUCCUCAAACCUGCCUAUUGAGUGAUAUCCUUCAGUAUUUCAGAGAGCAACAGAUGAGCUUUCAUCCACGAUAUCUUUCUGACGACUUGAAUCAAGCCGCUCGUAUACUGCACACUGGAUCGUCUUUGGGGACGCACGGUAUUGGCGGUCGUUUACACAUGGCAGUCAUGAACGACAUUGAUGCCUAUCUGGAAAAGGCGCCCAACUUGGUCGGAUUUUUGGAAAAGCUGCGCAAAAACGGUAAAAAGACGUUCCUGUUGACCAAUAGCACGUUGCCAUUCAUAUCAAAAGGUAUGACGUAUAUGACGUCUCGAGAGGACUGGAGAGAUUUGUUCGACUGUGUGAUCGUUUCUGCUCGAAAACCGGAAUUUUACCGUUCCCGGCGACCUUUCCGCCGUACACGAGAACCCACCUGGAGUACUGUAGACAAAUUUGAGCCGGGCGAAGUGUACCAAGGCGGUAAUAUGACGGACUUUUCGCUGUUGACAGGAUGGUCAGGUCAAAAGGUGCUUUAUUUCGGUGAUCACAUUUUCUCGGAUUUGAUUGAUCCUACCAUACAACAAGGAUGGCAUACCGGUGCCAUCAUCCACGAAUUGGCUCAAGAAAUCGAGACCCGAAAUACCUCUACUUACCGUCAUACAUUGUCAUGGUUAUUGCGCCUGGAACGUUUGCUGAAUGAAGCACAAGGAGCGCGUGAAGUACAACGUUUUUCGCAACUGGACGAGCUAAUUGAACAGUGGCGUGAUGAACGACGACGCGUACGACUGGAAUUGAAAACUGUGUUCAACCGAUCCUUUGGCAGUGUUUUUAGAACUUAUCAGAAUCCUUCGUUUUUCGCCAACAAAAUCCGAAAGUUUGCCGACAUCUAUAUGGCGAAUGUUACCAAUCUAGAGCAUAUUCCGCUGGAUUAUGUAUUCUAUCCCAAUCGUACUUAUUUGCCGCAUGAGCGGUUAGUAGAGACGCUUAUCGAUACAGGCAAGCUCAAAGAAUAUCUUCAGCAAUAAAAACAAAAACUCGCCU